ACCCGUUAUAGGAACUCUACAUAGCAUCCUCAGUGAAGCUUACUCAUUAAGCUUAGGAAGGAUAUCUACAACAGUCGCAUUUACUGCCAGUAUUGUACCUGUGCUCAUACAUUCCAACCUUGUGUAAUACAUACAUAGAAUCAAUUUCCGCGGAGUACGGUGUGGGGUUCAGAAGAACUUAAAUAAAUAGGUUUAAACUUAUUCGGAAGACAAUGCCCCCGAAAUUCGGCGGAGGAGAGAAGUGUGACGUGUGCGCAAAGACGGUGUACGCAGCGGAGAGGAUUGAAGCGGGCAAGAGGCCCUUCCACAAGUUCUGCUUCAAGUGCUGCGAGUGCAAGUUGCAGCUAAAGUUGGAGACAUACGCUCAGGCAGACGGCAUCCUGUACUGCAAGAAACACUACCAGUCGAACAUAGUCGCCAAGAACACGCAAGAUCCGGCCGCCGCCAUGUGAGCGACGUCACUUCGGGACGCGUGAUGCACGUGAAGUCAUCACUUCCGGUUUUAUUGGCGAAUUUGUAUUUGCAAUAUAAUCAAUACCGUGUGCUUUUAGUCAUAAUAACGUAGUUAUAUUUCUCUAUUUGCCUUUAGUCUUUGGACUGUUUAUGCCAAAUAUGUUUUAUUAAGUUACAUAUAGUUGUAUCAAAGUGAUUUUUUUGUAGGUCUCUUUUGUGUGAAUAAAUUGUUUUAUUAUUGUUAGUUGCGAAUAUACGACGCAUAAUCAUCUCAUUAUUAUAAUUUCAUUUCAUAAAAAUAUGUUGUUUUUUUUUAUAUAUGGUUUAAGAGUUUUCUUGUAAUUCAUGCAUUAAACAUUAUUGUUAACAUCCAUUAUUGUUAAUUUAAGUAAUAUAUGCUAAUUAAAUUUAUUUUUCAUUCAUCAAAUACAUGUAAUAAAUUAAAUAUAUUCAGUUUUGCCUUUAAUUCACAAAUUUAACUAUUA